AUGAAUCCUGUUUAUCCUGCUGGUCCCGAACAUAAUCCUGUUGUCCUGCAUCAUCCUGCCAUUCUAAACUCUGGUCUCAACCCUCAUAAUCCUGUUGUCCUGAAUCAUCCUGCCAUCCUAAACUCUGGCCUGAACAUUAACUCUUCUAGCUCUCAUCGGACAAACGGCAAUCCCUCUCGAGCGGCUCCUGGUCCUGCCAACAGUCACGAGCUAGUAGCACACCCGACCGCUCUCCGGUACGCCCGGAUCCUCCGUUGUCUUCUCGUGCAAAUCCUCGAAAACGACGACACCACAUGCUUGAUGAUUCCCAAGAUCAUCAUCGUCCACAUAGAAGGAGCCGGCGCAAUCAGGUCAUACAGAUUCGCCUUCGGUCUUCCUCCUCUUUCCGUGGCUGACGGUUUGACCUCCAGUAUGAUGAAGAAGGGGACCGUCCUGGUGUUGUGGGCAGCGAGGGCGGCGAUGAAGAAGAAGAGGAUGAAGCCAAUAGGCAGCCAUAUGUCCUUCAACCUAGGGAUGUUCUUCAGGAGCCUCGCACCGUGA